AAGUACAUCGGCCUUGAACGCGGGCGAGACGACUACAGCUUCUGGACCACGCCGGUCAAUCAGUCAGUUUGAAGUUCGAGGAGAAGUCAGCACCAUGCGAGCCUUUGGAAUUAUCAGUAUUUUUGUCUGUCUCGUUUGCGUCGUCAGCAUUAACAGUGACAGUGCUGGCCACUACAAGCGGCGGAAUGGACUAGCUUACGGAGGGAUUCCUUAUGGAAGCAUAACGGGCCGAAUAGCGGACUUCAUCCGGAUGCAACAGCGAUACCCAAUUCGCUCCUUCUCGACUGAGGAUUACUCGGACGAUGAAGAAGAAAUUCCUGUGAUCGUGGAGGCACCAGCCCCGACCAAGAAGAGCAAGGUUAAAGUCACCGAGAACAACGAGCUUGAUGAUGAUCCCAGACGCACCUCGGUCAAGUUCCUGAAAACUAGCAAAAAAUACACCGAAAAGCACCGGCGGUGAAGCCAUCGCUGAGAAAAAAAAUUCGCCCGAGAGAGGGAAAUCCGCGGAGCUCUUCCGAGUACCUGCCAAAUAACU